AUGGAACACACUAAUUUGCUCUAUGACCUCGACCCGGUGUGUGGAUCACAACAGAGCGCUUUAGCAGCGCUUCGACUGCUGAGAAGCUACAAUCAGUUCGUAGUACCGCCUGAUGGACGCGGUGUGGUACCUCUAUUGGCGACCAUACCACCGCCCUGUUUACCAUCGUACUGCCAGCAUCUACCGUUAUGCUCACCAAUAUCAACGUCAAAUGUGUCCUCAACGUUAUGUGACAUGGAAUCGCGGAGACGAGGGGAAAAGAGGCCGAUACCAGCCGAACUCAAGGACGAGAAGUAUUUCGAGAGGCGCAGGCGGAACAACCAAGCCGCUAAAAAGUCCAGGGACGCUAGACGGAUGAGAGAGGACCAGAUAGCGUGGCGUGCCUGCUUGCUCGAACAAGAAAACGCCUCGUUAAGGGCUCACAUAAAUGCGUUAAGACAAGAAACGAUCACUCUGCGAGCGUUACUCGCGGCCAGGGAUGAAACGACAGUGCCUUCAUCGACUACCAAAGAUUAA